AUGGGAGGAAGGAUUCUUCUUGAAUUUUACUCUAGAAAUCCAUCUCCUCUUGUUCCCUAUAAGUUACUACACCUGGUGUGGAUACACGCUCGUCAUUUAGCAGGGUACAGGCAACAGGAUGCCCACGAGUUCCUCAUCGCUGCCCUAGAUGUCCUGCACAGGCACUGCAAAGGUGAUGAUGUUGGCAAGGUGGCCAGCAAUCCCACCCACUGUAACUGCAUCAUAGACCAAAUCUUCACAGGGGGCCUGCAGUCAGAUGUCACCUGUCAAGCCUGCCACAGUGUCUCCACCACUAUAGACCCAUGCUGGGACAUCAGUCUGGACUUGCCUGGCUCUUGCACAUCCUUCUGGCCUAUGAGUCCAGGGAGGGAGAGCAGUGUGAAUGGGGAAAGCCACAUACCAGGCAUUACUACCCUCACGGACUGCUUGCGAAGGUUUACAAGGCCAGAGCACUUAGGAAGCAGUGCCAAAAUCAAGUGUAGUGGUUGCCAAAGCUACCAAGAAUCUACCAAACAGCUCACUAUGAAGAAGUUACCAGUUGUUGCCUGCUUUCAUUUCAAACGGUUUGAACACUCAGCCAAACAGAGGCGCAAGAUCACUACAUACAUCUCCUUUCCUCUGGAGCUGGAUAUGACACCGUUUAUGGCAUCAAGUAAAGAGACCCGGAUGAAUGGACAGUUGCAGCUGCCGACCAACAGUGGGGACAACAAGAAUAAGUAUUCCUUGUUUGCUGUGGUUAAUCACCAAGGAACCUUGGAGAGCGGCCACUACACCAGCUUCAUUUGGCACCACAGGGACCAGUGGUUCAAGUGUGAUGAUGCCGUCAUCACCAAGGCCAGUAUUAAAGAUGUGCUGGACAGUGAAGGGUAUUUACUGUUCUAUCACAAGCAGGUCCUGGAACAUGAGUAA